AUGCAAGAACAACAACCUAUCGCCUAUGCAUCGAGAGCCCUUACAAGCACUCAACAAAGAUAUGCUCAAAUUGAAAAGGAACUGCUUGCUGUAGUCUGUGGUUGCAGUUGCAACAAGUUCCAUCAGUACAUCUAUGGUCAAACGAUCAAAGUGGAAACCGAUCAUAAACCACUUGAAGCUGUUUUAAGAAAGCCCUUCCAUCAGACACCACUUCGAUUACAGAGAAUGUUGCUUCAGCUCCAACGUUACAGCAUGGAAGUAAUCUACAAACCUGGCAAAGAAAUGUACCUCCCUGAUACACUAAGCCGAGCGUACCUAAAUGAAGAGAAAGAAGAUCUUCUUGAUGAAGAAUUGGAAGUCGCCUUUUAG